GGAGGCCUCUCGGCUUUGUGCCCUGCAGCUCGGCUGACACUCGGGGCGGACCGAAGAGGGGCUGGGCGCCCCCGGUGUGCACAUGUGCUAGCCCAGGCAGGAGGGAGCGCCUCCGCGGAGGAGUGCAGGAAGGGGAAGGAGAGGACGCGCGCCAGAAUCUCGGUCCCGGGCGCCCUGGUCGGCCGCGGAGGAGCUGCAGCCUCCAACAGGGAUCUGUGCAUCUCUGGCAUGCUACCUGCUCUGCUCAUUGACUGAAGGCCCCUACAUCUCAGCUCAGCCACGAAGCAAAGGAAGGACUCCUUAGCCCCUAUUGGAGCCUUACCACAUGAUCCAUCAAUGUUUCUUGAGUACUCCUGUGGCAGGACAUGAUGCUGAGGGGCCGUAAAGAUGGUCUGAUGGUGGCCCUGUCCUAUAGGAGCUCACAGGCAAGAGGUUGACACAUAUCUCUGAGCCAGGCCUUGUCAGGAGCCCUGCAUGCAACCUUGGCUGCGAGCUAAGGCACGCUAACUAGAGCCGGCGUCAUGGACUUCGUCAUGAAGCAGGCCCUUGGAGGGGCCACCAAGGAUAUGGGGAAGAUGCUGGGGGGAGAGGAGGAGAAGGAUCCAGACGCGCAGAAGAAGGAGGAGGAGCGACAGGAAGCACUGCGGCAGCAGGAGGAGGAGCGUAAGGCCAAGCAUGCGCGCAUGGAGGCUGAGCGUGAGAAGGUCCGGCAGCAGAUCCGAGACAAGUACGGGCUGAAGAAGAAGGAAGAGAAGGAGGCAGAGGAGAAGGCAGCCCUGGAGCAGCCCUGCGAGGGAAGCCUGACCCGGCCCAAGAAGGCUAUCCCUGCAGGCUGCGGGGAUGAGGAGGAGGAAGAGGAGGAGAGCAUCCUGGACACGGUGCUCAAAUACCUCCCCGGGCCACUGCAGGACAUGUUCAAGAAGUAACCGGCCCUCCUGCCCUGUUCCCACUCCACUUGUUACUUUUUUUUUUUUUUUUGGUUCUUUCUUUUCAUUCAGUUAAGUCUCAGUUCUGAAGGGGAAAACCUCAGUUGACCUCUGCCCCCCUUCCCUGGCCAGGA